AUUUCACGAUUUGUUCAAAUAGUGUAUGUUGGGUUGCCGCGCUUACUGUCAGUAGCCAAGGUGCGCAAAUGUGGCGCUUCAGUCAGCUUGUGUUGUCAUCCUCCGCGGAGCUUUCUUUCUCUACGUGACUGUCGAGCGCGCCACACGAACGAUAAAAUGGCGAAACGCACCAAGAAGGUUGGAAUCACCGGCAAAUAUGGUACCCGUUACGGUGCCUCCCUGCGUAAAAUGGUUAAGAAGAUGGAAAUCACACAGCACAGCAAAUACAGUUGCAGUUUCUGUGGCAAGGAUGCGAUGAAGCGUUCGGUGGUCGGUAUCUGGGCUUAAAGGUGUAAACGCGUGGUCGCUGGCGGCGCAUGGGUCUACUCUACAACCGCCGCUGCGUCAGUUCGUUCCAAUGUGCGCCGUCUCAAGGAUAUGAAGGAGCAGUAGAUUAAAUUGUACCAACUGAUAAUUCACAAUAAGUUAAACCUUUGAAAAAAACUACUAAGGUGUGUUAUUUCAUUCCUCAGUGCUGAUUUGUGAAUGGUUUUCAUGAUUUGACAACUUUUGAACAAAACAAUUAAUGCAUGCAUGAUUUCAAUGUAAUCUCAACAAAAGUCACUAAGAAUUCAGUAUUUUCAA